GCCCAAUAUGACUCACUUGUUCCCGUUUGAAACGAAAGUCUGUGGUCUAUCUUGGUUUAGUUAUAUACAUCUUUGGUAGCGUGCUAAUGGCCGUGGGAAUUCAAUUGUGUAGCAUUAGCUAGUGGAAAUGAUUGUUGUUUAUGCUUGCUUGACUGCACAAUUAUAUGUUACGUUCUUUAGAUGCUAAAUUAGUUGGGUUGUUACAUCUAGCUAGACGUCUGUGCGUUUCAAAUUAACAUCUAGUCGUGGAAAAUGACGAACGUUAUUCAGGUGACAAAUGUCUCUCCGAGUACCACCUCCGAACAGAUGAGAACUCUCUUCGGGUUUCUUGGAAAUAUUGAAGAACUGAAGUUAUUUCCACCAGAUUAAGGUAGGAAUUACAAGACGUCUUGAUCAUCCCUCUGAAGCUCUCAUGGCAAAGACAAGAAAAGACUACAAGAGAUGCAACGUUCUUUCAUUGCUCUCUCUUCCCAAUUUGAAUCUUCCUUGCCUGUGACUUCACGUGUCUGUUUUGUAAAGUUCCUUGAACCUGAGUCGGUUGGAGUGUCCCAGCAUCUGACCAACACUGUCUUCGUGGACAGAGCGCUGAUUGUUGUCCCAUUCGCAGAAGGAGUGAUUCCUGAUGAGUCUAAAGCUCUGUCACUGCUGGCACCAGCGAACGCCGUGGCAGGAUGCAUGCCUGGAGGAGGCCUUCUCCCCACUCCGAAUCCUUUGGCGUCCAUGGGAGGCGUACCUCUUUCAGCUCUCGGAAAUCCGAACAUGGAUCACAUGGCUGCCAUGGGCAUGUCUGGCAACAUCAACCCCCAGGCCCUCUCUGCUGACUUUCUGAAGCUUAUGCAGUCCAUGGAUCCUACUAAGAUGAAUCCAAUGGCUGCUGGUAUGAUGAUUAAUCCUGGUAUGAAGAAUGACUCCAACAAGGAGAUAGAGGAGGCCAUGAAGAGGGUCAGAGAGGCCCAGUCACUCAUCUCUGCCGCCAUCGAGCCUGGAAAUAAGAAAGACGACAAGCGCAAACAUUCCCGCUCCAGGUCCCGGUCGAGGCGGAAGCGGUCCAGGUCUCGUCACAGGCGAUCAAAGAGCAGGUCUCGACGGAGGUCCCACUCGAGGAGCAGGAGGCGGUCGAAGAGCCCCCGCAGACGGAAGUCCCACUCCAGAGAGAGGGGUAGACGCAGCAAAUCCAGGGAUAGGAGGAAAGAAGAUAAAUCCAAAAAGCGCUCCAAGACGCCGCCUAAGAGCUACAGCAGCACCAGGAGGUCUCGAAGCAUUAAUCGGAGACGUAGAAGAAGCCGCAGCGCCUCUAGGUCACCAAAAAAGUCCAGGUCCCCAAAGAGGAAACUGUCCAGGUCCCCUUCCCCUAGAAGGCACAAGAAGGACAAAAAGAAGGACAAAGAGCGAGAGAAGGACCGUGACAGGGGAAGGAAAGACGUCAGAGAUCGGAGCCAAGACGAAAGAGAACGCUCCACUAGUAAGAAGAGCAAAGACAAGGAUAAGGACCGAGACCACAAAUCUGACAGUGAGAAAGGAGAUGUCAAGAAUGCUUUGCUCUUGAAAGUGACCAGGGAUUACGAUGAGGAGGAGCAAGGCUAUGACAGUGGAAAAGAGGUAGAGGACGAAGAGGAGAGGAAGAGCGACUCUGAUUCUGCGUCUCCCCCGAAGCCCCAAGAGUCUGACGAGAAGCUUGCAGGGGAGAGCGGCAAGAAGUCCAAACAGAACGGAGAUGACCACCAUGAUGAGGAAGACAUGGAGAUGAGCGACUGAGUACACCCAGGGAAACCCAGCCAGAUGAUGUCACUGAAAACCGACAGGCUCCAUUCCCUACCGUUCUCUUUUUAAAGGCGUCUAGAUAACGUGUCUGAUCUUUAAAAUGAAUACUUGUGGGAAUCUGGUGGGUUGUAGUCUUAUUGGGGAGAUGUACAGUUUUUAGAGUUAUAGAGACACUUUCCAUCUAUAGACUGGUUAGGGGAAAUAUUGUUCCUGUUUGAAAUAGCCAGUUUAUUUCUGCCUGUGUCUGGUGAGCAUGUGUAAGAAAUCAAAAUAUAAAAUGUCAAAUUGCUGUACUUUUAUGUUGAAGGGCCUGUUGAAUGUGAGGGAUUUACAAAGUGAUUUCCUUUUUGGGCCUCAAAGAUUUUAUUCAUCUUGAACAUAUAGGAACUGUUUUCUCCUCAAUGACUCACUGAACUUAUGUAUACUUAAACCUUUUACAGGACAGGGGUUGGCCCCUCACCUAUUCAGACUGUUAAAUUGUUUUUAGCCUGGUACCAUUCUGGUUUUGGUGUAGCUUUCUAUUCUUUGUUGUAAUCUUGACAAAUUGACUCAAUCUGUAAAGCACUUAACACUGUUGUAGACAUACCCUUCCACCCGUGACGAUAUACUGUAGAUCCAAAUCAGUGUUUGGAUUAUGAUGGAUCACCCUGUACUGUCUACAUGUUUUACAAAGGAAAGUCUAUAAUAAAACAUGGUCAAAAUAA